AUGGUCAAGGCAAUUGCUACUGUCCGAGGUGUUUCCACCGUCUUUGGCACCAUUACCUUCGAGCAGUUCGACGAAAGCUCACCAACAAACAUCUCCUGGAACAUCUGCGGCAACCAUGCCAAUAGUCUAAGAGCAUUCUAUAUCCACGAGUUUGGUGACAAGAUCAACGGAUGCAUCUCUGCUGGACCGCAUUUCAAUCCUUUCGGGAGUACUCAUGGCUCUCCAUCUCAUCAUGAGCGACAUGUUGGCGACUUGGGCAACUCCCAGACAGACUCGAGCGGCACCUCAAUCGGCACUAUGACAGACCAUUUGGUGAAACUAAUAGGCCAGAGAGCGUUAUCGGACCACCAGACAACAAUCGUCAUUCAUAGCGGGACCGAUGACCUGGGCCAAAGACCCGAUAAGGAAUCUAAAGUUACAGGGAAUGCUGGCGGAAGGCCUGCUUGCGGCGUGGUCGGUAUAUCUUCUAGCGGCUCUGCAUACGAACCAGUCACGCAUUCGACAUUUAGGCAUAAUAAAUAA